GCUCCUGCGGCGGUGGCCGGCUGUUGGGUGUGGAGUUUCCCUGCGCACCUCGGGUCCGACCCUUUGAGUGUUCUGCUCCCGCGCCAGCCUACCUCGCUCCUCGGCACCAUGACCACGACGACCACCUUCAAGGGAGUCGACCCUAACAGCAGGAAUAGCUCCCGGGUUUUGCGGCCUCCAGGUGGUGGAUCCAAUUUUUCAUUAGGUUUUGAUGAACCAACAGAACAACCUGUGAGGAAGAACAAAAUGGCCUCUAAUAUCUUUGGGACACCUGAAGAAAAUCAAGCUUCUUGGGCCAAGUCGGCAGGUGCCAAGUCUAGUGGUGGCAGGGAAGACUUGGAGUCAUCUGGACUGCAGAGAAGGAACUCCUCUGAAGCAAGCCCCGGAGACUUCUUAGAUCUGAAGAAAAUGUGGACACAGACUUGCCAGGCAGCCUGGGGCAGAGUGAAGAGAUGCCGGUGCCUGCUGCGCCUGUGCCUAGCCCAGUGGCCCCCGCCCCAGUGCCAUCCAGAAGAAAUCCCCCUGGCGGCAAGUCCAGCCUCGUGUUGGGUUAGCUCUGACUGUCCUGAACGCUGUGGUUUUGUGUUUUCUCCAUGCUUGUGA